CUAGCUUUGGAAUGUCAAAGGUCGUAGCCUGGAUUUGAGACCCAGACUUUCAGUCGUGCCAGAGACCUUGUUUGUCUCACACACACAAACCUUUGGAACUUUUACACGAUGGCGAAUCCCAAGUCGAGUGGUGGUAAUAAGGCCAAGGGCAAAGGUCACCACAACAGGCAGUCGCAGCAGCAUUCACAGCAACAGCAGCAGCAACAACAGCAACAGCAGGUGGACCCCCCUUCUCAAUUAACACCUGCUCCUGUGGCCGCCACUGGAUUGGAACCGCCCACUGCCACGCCCCUCGCCUCUCCGCCCUCGGAGGACACUUUGGCCUUGGCAGCCGCCGUCGCCGCCUCGAUCCCAGCCGCUCCCUUGGCCCGGCCCGCCAAUCCCGAUCGUCGCAACUCCACGCCAGCGGUGGUGACCCCAACAGGCAACAAUCAAUCGGAGACCAGUGCCCAAGCCGAAAAUCUCAGCACCUCGCGAACGGCUUCGGCGGCCCCGGCUGCUCCGUCCUCCGAAAACAGACGCGGAAUAUUCCAGCGGCUCUUUGGUUGGAGUUCGUGA